ACGCGCCGGCGCGCUCGGCUCGCCCGGCGGCCGCGGCGGCGUCGACACGGUGUCCGACCAGAUCAAGAAGAUUUUCGAAUCUUGCCGCCAGGAUGAAGUUGUGUACAAGAAUAAGCUUGUCCUCAGGGAUAAAGUACGGGAGGCACUACGGGACCUGUACCAGCGCUGUGAACUGCACAUUGUCGGCUCGUCGUGCACGGGCUUCGCGUGCGACACGAGCGAUGUCGACAUCUGCCUGUUCCUGACCGAGUCGCGGAUCGACCAGCAGCACGAUGCCACGCGCAUCCUGACGGAGGUGGAGCGGCUGCUGGCCAAAGACCCGGACUACCGGAUGGAGCUGAUCCGCGCCAAGGUGCCGAUCCUGCGCUUCCUCUCCGUCUCCACCGGCAUCCAGGUGGACCUCAACUGCAACAACCUGGUGGGCAUCCGCAACACCCACCUGCUGCAGUGCUACUCGGGCGUGGACGAGCGGGUGUGUCCGCUGAUCGUCAUAGUCAAGCUGUGGGCGCAAUCGCACGACAUCAACGACGCCUGCCGCGCCACCCUCAGCUCAUACUCUCUGGUGCUCAUGGUCAUACACUUCCUGCAGUGCGGCGUGCGUCCGGCCGUGCUGCCGAACCUGCAGCGGAUGUGCAAGGCGAAGUUCCGGCCGGGCCAGCCGAUCCGCUCCAUCCCUAAGGACGACUGCGUGGCGCACGUGGCGUCGCGCAACACGGACAGCCUGGGCCAGCUGUUCCUCGGCUUCCUGCGCUACUACGCCUACGAGUUCGAUUUCCAGACGCAAGUGGCGUCCGUGAGGACGGCGUCGUAUCUCCACAAGUACCAGUGCCGCGCCGUGGUGGCGUACAAUAACGCGCCGGGCAUGUGGAAGUACGUCUGUGUCGAAGAGCCGUUCGACCUGACCAACACGGCGCGCGCCGUGCACAAGUACGAUGCGUUCGAACGCAUCCUGCGCGCCUUCGUCGACAGCUACCACGCGCUGGCCAACGCCGGCCACCUGGCCCAGGCGUUCGGCACCAAGGGGCGCGCACUGUUCGACGAUGAGACGUGCAAGGCGUAGCCCGCCCUCCCGACGGUGGCGCCGCCCGGGCGGCGGUAUCGCGAACUAGAUCUACCUGAAAUUAGCCGUGCUGCGCGGGAAUUUAUCAUGUAUUAUGUGAUCCCUGCACCUAUUCCGUGCGCGCGGCGCCAGGCGCCUGUGUGACCGAGUGAUACCGGCUGCUGUGACGAGAAGGGCCGCGUGAGGGGCGGGGCGUAAGAUGACUGCCUGGUGGGGCUGGCACUGAGGGGUAUCCGUGGUACAAAGACAAAUGUUGGACCAUCCACGCGCUGCUGCUGGGCGGUGUUGGCUCCGUGUUGCAGCACGAUUGUUUCGUUCUUCCAGGUUUUAGUGUCGAUUAUCGCUAAAUAAAAGAGUUUAUGU